AGAUCUGUCGAGGAAUUCCAGCAGCAAACAACCUGCCUACAACGCCUGUAACGCAACAAUGACCCCUCCCAGAGUUGAGGAUUAUGUCGCGCGUCCUUUGGAAGUCAUUUAUGAGCUUAUCGAUCAGAGUAACAUGACAGUGGACAACGUCCGGGAUCAGUUUUCCAACGCUUUCCAAACAGAUGCAGACUUGUCACGCAUUCCCUCCUUGAAUCACGCAUCACUCAGCACACUUCCAGACCGCAGCCUGGUUCGUUUUCGUUGUAUGGUCCAAGACAACUCGUUCAAUGUUCAGGAGUACUUUACCGAAAUAACGCUGCGAAACACGACCACGGGCGAAGAGGUCAAAGUAUCAACCCUCUACUGUGACACAGUACAAGAUCGGCCUGGAUUUACUGUGGUGGAGGCUGAUAUGAUGAACUUCUCUUCGAAUAACGUCGCAGAGAAACAACCCGUGUUUUGCGUCUCGGUUCCUGGGGAAACUGAUUGGGCAAAGGAGGGAUUCCGAAGGAUUGGGGAAGAUGAAGAUGAUGUUUCGUCUGAUAUUGCCUCGUUGUCUCUCAACGAUGCACCUACACAUCUCGACGAAAAACUACGAGGCAAAUUUCCAAUCCCGCAGGACAAGUAUGCGGUCGGAGCUAUGGUGAAGACGUAUGGCGAAGACCCACAAUUUCAUUUGAAUGACGUAUUGGAUGUUGUUGGGGUUUUGGAAAAGGUAGAUAAUCCGUCGGACGACAGCCAAGCCGACGAUAUUGCGGUGGAUGCCGCUACCGGAAUGGAAUUUGCACUGCCACCGGAUGGUGCGGAGCAAGCAUGCUUUAGCAGCAUUCCGCGGAUUCAUGCAGUGUUUUUCCGAAAUCUUGGGCGAUCGCAUAUGAAUCCUUCUGUUCGUAACCUGAGUCGGGCAAAAGAGCUAGCGUCAGAUAUGAACAUCAUCCUUCUGCGAACGCGGCUUCUGGAACACUUCUGCACUCAACUCUUUGGAGAUCGUUUGGCUGCCGAAUACCUAUUGCUCCAUUUGCUUUCAAAAAUUCAUCACCGCGCAACAGACGACACACCCAUUGGCUACUUGCCUAUUAACAUCUGCGGCUGUCCUUCAACCUCCACCCACCCGGAUUUCACGUCAAGUAUAGCACAGCUCGUCUCAAGUCUUGUACCACGAUUCCACCGGAUAGCGUUGACCUUAAAACACCUUAAUGAAGAGACACAUCUGGUACCUGCGCAAGGGCGUGACGGGGAGAAGGACGACAUUGGUGUUAGUGCUGGAGAAUUGCAAUUGGCGGACGGAACAUGUAUACUUGUGGACGAAAUGACGUUGGAAGAUGGGAUCCUGAAGGAACGAGGGGUGCGCAAUGUCGCGCACCUUGGUGAAGUCAUUCGAACGGCGAAACUGCCAUACAUCAUUCGUUAUGGAGAGAUGAAGCGGAAUGUGGAUUACAAUUUCUUGGUAAUAAGCCAAGGACGAUGCAUGUUUGCGAUUGACUGCAUCAUCCCUCUUAUCCCUACGACUGACGAAUCCGUUGACACUCCCCUCCCAGACGAUCUCAAAAAUGAUGCGCGGAUAUUCCUUGGCCUCUUCCCUGAGGAAGACUAUCAAGUUCCUAGUGACAUGGUGGAGCUUAUCGGACGGCAAUAUGCAGAACAACGGGCAGCGGAUUUUGAGGCUGGUCGACCCGUGACGACCAAUUUGGAUCUUAGCCGGCGAUUGGAAGUUGCACGAUUGGUGACAAAAAGCUUUGGGAGAAGCAGUUUGGAUGUAGAAUGCUGGGACCAUGCCGGAAUGUUGGAGAGCGAGAGGAUGGCGCGUGUGAGAAAGUUGCCUGAGCGCGGAAGUGUGCGGCAACCGCAGUCAGGGUUGAGUGUCGGACGCUAGGGAGCAGCAAUAUAAUUAAAAUACGAGAACCAAUUGCUUCCCCCACAACAGACCUGCUACAGUUUCUACAAGUAUUACAAUAUUAAAAAAACAAUUUCCC